GAAUUAUCAUGUCACCUGAAUUCUGAAAUAAUAAAAAACAUUCAGAGAAUAAUAAAUGAAUAUAAUGUGUAAAGACUGAUAGUUUUGUUUUAUUUAUAUUACUAUUUAGUAAAUAAUUAAUUAUGAUAUCUCGAAAGGGACAAAAAGCUAUUAAUGAAGGGGUCGUUGGCAAAUAUAUAAAAAAGGAUACACCGCCUGACGUACCAAUUAUAAAUGUGUGGACCACUGGAAAUAACAGGAGACCUCGAAGUCAGCCCUUUGGUACAAAUGAUGCAAGCUCACAAAAUAAUGAGAAUAAGUUUGGCAAGUCACAAACAAUGAGUGGUCAUGCAGGGAAAUAUACACCUAGUGAAUCCGUGCCCAAUCUGGCUCACAGGUUUGCAAAUCUCUCAACGGGGUAUGAAGUAGGUAGUACAACAUUUAAUCACAAUUCUCAACUCCAACUGGAUUCUAAUUUGGCUUCCCAUUCAACUCUUAAUGAUACUGAUGAAGCAUUCAGUCGCCAAAGUAGUUACAGAUAUUACAGACAAACUCCAGAGGACCCCAUCUAUCAGAAUCAACAACAGGUGCAACAACAAAAACAGCAACAGUACAGUUCUAGAGAAUCGAGCAUGGCUAGGAUAUCUUCAAAUCUGAGUUUAACAUCAAGACUACAUCCACCUUCUCCACAUUCUAUCAGGCUUCAUGUGACUGACUCCUACACUGCAACGAGUCAAUCACCACAAAUUUACAAUAACUAUGCGAACACUCCUGCUCUUCCAUACAAGAAUCACGGAGGGAAUAUGAUUUCAUCGAGUCAAGGUUCAGAAGAAUGUGAUUUGCCUCUUCCACCGGGAUGGUCAGCUGACCGCACGUUGAGAGGAAGACGUUAUUAUAUGGAUCACAACACUCAAACAACACACUGGACCCAUCCCCUUGAGAGUGUUCCGAGGCCAUGGCAAAGAGUAUCCACACCACAGCACGGGGUUUAUUAUUUCAAUGAAAUCACACAUCAAACGACUUACGCACAUCCAUGUCUAGUAGGUGGGUGUUAUUUAGUGAGUCCUCUGGUCCCAACAUUGGUGCCGCCAUAUCUACUCGAAGAGAUACCACAUUGGCUUGUGGUUUACUCGAAAGCUGAUCAGGAAUUGGAUCACAAAUUGCGCUGGAACAUGUUUCGUCUUAGUGAAUUGGAUUGCUACUCUGAUAUGCUGACCCGUCUUUAUAAACAAGAACUACAGCUGAUUGUUAUGAAAUAUGAACAAUAUAGAUCUGCUUUACUACAAGAACUUGAAAGGAGGAGAAGAGCCAAAAAUAUUCAUUCUGGUUAUUGAUUGUUAUAUUUUGUAAGCUAUGGCUGUAUUUAUAAUGAUCACCCUACUAAACUGUGAUUUUAGGUAAAACUAGAUGACUUUAUCAUAAGUGCCUUUUAAUUUGCCUUGGAGGCUGGUAGAGACAAUUUUAUAUUUUUUAAAUUAUUCUAUUGUAUUAGCUAUUACGAUUCUCAGCUACUAUAAUUAUUGUAUAAAUAAGUGCCUUAUUUUACAAAAUAAACUAUUUUGAAAUAU